ACAGAAUAUAAGAAAGGUAAAAAUGGCACCGGGCAAGAAAGGCAAGGCCAAGGCGAAGUCGGCGAGCCCUGCGGAGCCAACUCAGUCCGACAACAACAACUUCCCGGCCUGUAUUCGGUCGGUACCUCCUUCGUCGGUGGCCAUCACCAUCCACGCCAAGCCCGGCUCCAAAAUCGCCGCCAUCACGGAUUUCAGCGACGAUGCGUUGGGGGUGCAAAUCGACGCGCCCCCGAAGGACGGGGAGGCGAAUGCUGCACUGGUCGAGUACAUGAGCUCGGUUUUAGGGGUAAAAAGACGGCAGGUUUCGAUCGGGUCGGGCUCCAAAUCAAGAGACAAGGUUGUUAUUGUGGAGGACGUGACCCUUCAAAAGGUUUUCGACACUCUCGACAAAGCUGCUGCUUCCAAAAACACCUAACCUAAGUACGCUAAUGACAUGUUUACUUGUAAAAUCUAGUAGAGUUAAAUGUGUGAAUGUUGAAGUUUGAUAUAUUCAAUGAGGAUUUCUGUUCGUGCUUA